UGUUGGUAUUGAUCUGCCGAUGAUUCGGGGUUAUUAUCAGUGAGCAUGUCCUUCUGCAGCUGGGAUUGUGCCAGUCAGUGCCACGGACAGCUUGAUGUGUCCGGCAGACCACCGGGUUCAUGACCUUCCAGCUGCACCUGAUGUCCGUGGAUCGGAGAGUCCUCUCUCACACUGCUGCUUGGGAUGAACCGGUCCCUGCAGCUUCCUCUUCGCAAACCCACAGUCCGCAAGGAGGGGCAGCCUGGAGGUGUGGUGGUUAGCGUAAAACUAUUACCUGACUUCAAGCCCAAUGUUGCAGGAAUCCUCAACAUCUGCAGUAGGAAAUGGAGAAACCUUUACCAUAUCUGGCCACAGCAGCACCUUCCGAAGAAUUCAACAUUCCCACGCCGUGGAUCGAAAAUAUAUCCGAGAACAGCACCGCGCAACCCACGGCCAGUCCCAGUGGAAGUGCCAUCCUGAUUCCCGUCAUCUACUUCACUGUCUGCGUAAUUGGUCUGGGCGGCAACACACUUGUUAUCCACGUUAUCCUGCAUUAUGCCAAGAUGGAGUCGGUCACCAACAUCUACAUCCUGAACCUCGCCAUCGCUGAUGAGCUGUUCAUGCUUGGCCUCCCCUUCCUUGCCAUUCAGAAUGCCUUGUCCUACUGGCCCUUUGGCUCACUGAUGUGCCGACUGGUGAUGACAGUGGAUGGCAUCAACCAAUUUACCAGCAUCUUCUGCCUGACUGUCAUGAGCAUCGACAGAUACCUGGCCGUGGUCCACCCAGUGAAGUCCAUCAAGUGGCGCAAGCCUCAGGUGGCCAAGGUCAUCAAUGUCAUGGUCUGGGCCAUUUCCUUUGUGGUGGUCCUCCCGGUCAUCAUCUUCUCCAGCGUGAAGAUCGGCAUGCACACCUGUAACAUUAACUGGCCGGAGCCCAUCAUGGUCUGGUCAACGGCCUUCAUCAUUUACACAGCCACCCUGGGCUUCUUUGGACCCUUGCUGGUGAUCUGCCUCUGUUAUCUCCUCAUCGUGAUCAAGCUAAAGUCCUCAGGCCGGAAGGUGAGGGCCACCUCCACCAAGAGGAAGAAGUCAGAGAGGAAGGUAACUUGGAUGGUGGUCAUCGUGGUGGCUGUGUUUGUCUUCUGCUGGCUGCCCUUCUACGUCAUGAACAUUGUCAAUCUGGUGUCCACCAUGCCCUCAGAGCCAUCACUGGUCGGCCUCUACUUCUUCGUGGUGCUCCUGUCCUACACCAACAGUUGUGCCAACCCCUUCAUCUAUAGCUUCCUCUCGGACAACUUCAAGCAGGGCUUCCGCAAGAUCCUCUGCCGCACCACCAGACGAGUGGACGACAAGAAUGUGGGCAGCAAGGCCACGGGCAGCAGCUACGUGGAGAUGUGCCACGUCAACAAUAUUGCGCAGGGGGCACAAGCCCAAGUGGGUUUUUCGGAGAGGAGCCCAGAGCAGCAAAUGCCCGGGGAAGUCCUGCCCAACAGUGUCAAAAGCGGGCCACUGGAGAUCAGUGACUUGUAACUUGCCAGGAUCGAAAGACUCUCUGUUUCUUUCCACUCCCCUCCUGUGAUGAACAGACCCUUCCACCUUGGGAUUGGACCACCCAGUGUAGGAAAGGUUCUGGGCCAAUUUAGCUGAACUUCUUCCAGGUGGAAGACGGGAUGGUCAGAACCCUUCGUCCACUGGGGGCAACGUUCUACAAUCUCGCACCAUUUUGAGGACGAGGUGGACUGAGAGGUGGGGUCCAGUGGCACAGACAGUUGCUUUCCCAACCCCAAAACCAAACAUGCCAAGUUCCACCAACGUACACCUCACUGGUCAAGGUGAAAGUGGGAAAUGGUUCUUCAAGGAAAACAUAACAGUGAGAUAUCUUUGACAGGACGUAAAAGCCAAUGAAAAUGUGCAAUGUUCUACCACCUUUAAGACCCUGGAUGCAAGUACAAUGCAAGUCGUACUUCGUGAUACACAAGGAGUGUAUUGAUCCUCACCUUGUGAAGGAACACGUGAAGAACUUGGAGCCUAUCACUAGCAGGGGGAUCGGAUCUGACGUCUAAGUCGAUGCUGUGAUUUGUUGCCGUCACAACCAGACACCUGGACAUUUGUACCGUUUGCAGUGACGUUUUUGUGUACUGUAUCACAGAUAGUUUCUGUAACUGUACUGCAUUCCAUGUUCACCCAGAUACAUGUGCCUGUACUGGCAGGUGCCUGUACUGAGUCCCUGGUGCCCUUGCCUGUACUUCAAGGAGCCUGUCUAUGGUGUUUGACUCCUGUGCCUGAACUGCCUGGUCACUGUACUGUGCUGACAGUUGUACUCCUGGGUGCCUGAACUCUGCUACUAGGUGCCUGUAGCUGUACUGUCAUACUCCUGUACCUCCAUUGCCUGGCUGUUACGCUGUACUGCCUAAUACCCUUUUGUCUAUUGUUGGGUGUCUUUCUGUUACCUGUAAAAGCUGGACCAGCACAGCCUAGUGUCUACACCUGUAGUAUCUUGACUGUACCUGUAUUGACCACAUCAGUGCCUGUUCGGCCAGCCGCCUGUACAACCUGCUGCCUGUACUGUUUGGUGCCUGUACCUCUGAUGCACAGAGCCUAUACCUGAUACAUGACAGUUUGUUUCAUCGCUGUUAUUGUUGGCUUCAUUAUUUCCCAUUGAUUAAACUUUUCAAAUCUUGUGUGAAGUAUCAGUGCUUUACAAGGCCAGAUUGAAAACUCUGACGUUUAAAGUGCGUCCAAGGCUUCCACACUAACCUAACCAUUGAGUAAGCAUAACCCAAGGAAGCCACAAGGUCAACUUACCCCUCUCUGUCCUUGACCAUAAGACCAUAAGACGUAGGAGCAGACAGUCCAUUCAGCCCAUUGAGUCUAUUCCAUCCUGGCUGUUUUUUUAUCCCUCUCAGUCCCAGUGUUCUGUCUUCUCCCCAUAACCUUUGACACCCUUACUAAUCAGGAACCUAUCAAUCCCUGCUUUAAAUAACCUUAUGAUUUGUCCUAUAACAAUGAAUUCCACAGAUUCACCACCCUCUGGCUAAAGAAAUUCCUCCUCAUUCCUGUGAGUAUAGACUCACAUGUACACACACGUGUGCACACCCACACAAAAAUCACUAAAAGAACAAACAGGAGAGAAUCUGCAGAUGCUGGAAAUCCAAAAGCAACACACACAGAAUGCUGGAGGAACUCAGCCAGCCAGGCAGCAUCUAUGAAAAAGAGUACAGUUGAUGUUUUGGGCCGAGACCCUUCAGCAGGACUGGAGAAAAAAAGCUGAGGAGUAGAUUUAAAAGGUGGGGGUGGAGGGGAGAGAGGUGAUAGGUGAAACUUGGAGGGGGAGGGAUGAAGUAUGAAUAAGGUAUGUUUCAAAUCUCUCUCUUUCAUUGACUACUGCAGAUUUCAACACGUUUUCCUGUUAACCCAAGCACAACUGAACAACACUAGUGGCAGCAAUAAGAUGGGGGUUAUUUCUUGUUGCUGUCUGUAAGAAGUUUGUAUAUUCUCUAAUGACCAUAUGCGCUUCUUCCAAGUGCUCCGGUUUCUUCCCACAUUCCAAAGACACAUGGGUUAAGGUUUGUAAGUUGUGGGCAUCCUGUCUUAGUGCUGGAAGCAUGGCGAUACUUGUGGGUUUCCCCUCAUUAUAUUUGGUCUGUGCUGGUUAUUGAUGAA